AUGGGUAACAAGGGUCGUUCAGUACCAAGGGUCGUGUGCUGUGCUAUACCAAUCGCAAGGGCGGCGGGAAAAAUCCUGGUUGUGACAAGUCGGAAGCGGCCAGAUCGUUGGGUGUUACCCAAAGGCGGAUGGGAAUUGUCAGAUGUAAAGCUGGAAAACGCAGCCUUGCGGGAAGCCUUUGAAGAAGCUGGUGUUCGUGGAACAAUAUCACGUUAUGUGACUACCAUUCCAACAGCGCCGACCACUUAUCACUUCUACGAACUCGAUGUGGUGGCGCUCGAGCAAGACUGGUUAGAGCGGAACGAAAGGCGAAGAGAAUGGGUCGACUAUGCAGAAGCAGUACGAAGACUAGAAUGGAAGGCGGAGUUGUCACAGGGACUCAAAUCCUCCUCUCUAGCACCACGUCGGUGA